AUGGCAUCAAUUGCUAAAACUGUUGUCGCCACGGGCGUCUCUUCAGGCCUGGGCUUUGAAGCUAUCAAACAACUCCUUUCUCAGCAAGCUCAGCCCUACAAGGUAUUCCUGGGGGCUCGAAACACCCAGAGCACGAUUGCUGCCUAUGACUCUCUCGCCUAUGACCGCUCUGGCCACGCGGUGACGGUCUUGCCGCUGGAGCUUUCCGACCUAAAGACGGUCAAGACGUUUUCGCAGCAGGUGUUGGACAAGAUUGGAGGUGAAAAGAUCGACUACUUGCUCCUAAAUGCAGCCAUUUCUGAAGGCGCGGAGAAGCCUGGCCCCGGGGGAUGGAGGUGGUGCCAGUCGCUGGUUGUGAACCAUUUCUCACAGCACUAUCUGACGCAUCUGCUCAAGGACAAGCUGAUUGAAUCAAAGUCUCGUAUCGUCGUCGUGUCAUCUGGAGCGAUUCGCCGGAUAACCGAUCCUAGUAUCCUUGAUGAAAUGCUAAAGGGAGGCUCCGGCGCCGAUUUCAUGAAUGUAUAUUCCGCCACCAAAUUUGUUCAGCUCCUCGGUGCCCAUUGGUGGCGCCGCGAGCUGGCCGGCCAAUGCGACGUUGUAGCCUGUUCACCAGGCCUGAUUCCUGGCACUGGCCUUGGCAGAAACAGCGGACUGCAGCUCACCAUGGAUAUGGCUGAUGCAAAGCCGGUUGCUACAGGAGCACAAAGCAUCCUUGCUGCCUUCACCAGAUCCGACUUCCCCAGCGACCCAGACCAGAUCUUUUUAACCAGCUGGGGGGAGUGGUGGAGCAAGGAGACCAUUGAACCUUCUCUCAACAAGGACUUGCAGAACAAGUGGAGUUGGAGCAAGGAAGAAAUCGAAAAAGAAGCUGGCAUCACUGCGUGA